UCCGAUUCUUCGCAUUAACCAAGCCAUGAGCAUCAAGUCGAGCACCGACGACACCUACGGAACAGACAACACCGACUUUGCUGUGCUAGGCGAAGCAUCACCGCCACCGGAACCCAAGGACCCGAUCAAGUUUCCAGUGCUAGACGAACCAGCACCGCCACCGGAACCCAAGCACCCGAUCAAGUACCGGCCCGACAUCGACGGGCUACGGACGCUCGCGGUGGUUCCCGUGGUACUGUUCCACGCGUACCCGCACUCGAUCAAAGGCGGGUUCACAGGCGUCGACGUGUUCUUCGUCAUCUCUGGCUACCUCAUCUCGGGCAUCCUCUUCAAAGAAAACGCCAGAAGCUCGUUCACGUACGCCGACUUUUACUCGCGCCGCAUCCGCCGCAUCUUCCCGGCGCUGCUGCUCGUGCUCACGUACACGCUGGUUGUGGGCUGCUUGUGGUUGCUGGACAAGGCGCUCCAGUCCAUGGCCAUCACCCUCGUGGCCGGGACGCUCUUUGGGGCCAACAUCCAGCUACUGACCGUCCAACAGGGCUACUUUGACGCCAGUGUCAAGGAGAAUCCGCUGCUGCACCUGUGGUCCCUAGGUGUGGAGGAGCAGUUUUACAUCUUUUGGCCACUGUUCGUGUCCGUGAUCCAUCGGUUGUCGUUCCGCAAGGCGCUGGCAUGCCAAUUGGCUGUGAUGGUGGCCAGCUUCGCGUGCAACAUCCUCUUCUUGGGUUACGGUGGCGAGAACAAGUACUCGUUCUACUUUCCCCUGAGUCGGUUCUGGCAGAUGGCGGUGGGUGGUCUUUUGGCGUACAUCAACCUACCAGCCAUUGGGGAUAAUUCCAAGCUCAUCCGACACUUGACCGACGUGCCAGCGACCCAUUCCGCUGUCUUUUCAGUGUGUGGCCUGGCUGCGAUUGCAGUUGGCUACAUUGUCAUUGACGAAUCAAUGGCGUUCCCUGGCUACUGGUCGCUGCUGCCUACGUUGGGCACUGCCAGCUUGAUCUUGGCCGGACCCUCGACUUUUAUCAACAAGUACAUUCUCGGCAAUUCUGCGAUGACGUUCAUUGGCCAAAUCAGCUAUGCGCUGUACCUGUGGCACUGGCCACUCCUGGUGUACGCCAAGCUUCGGCACCCAGUCGACCCGCCGUUCUACAUGCAGCCGUACUCGAUGGUAGUUCUGUCCGUGGUGCUCAGUAUCGCUACGUUGUAUUUGGUCGAAAAUAACUUGCGGCGACGGAAGGCGAAGUGGCUUGUGCCAGUGCUGUUUGGGCUCAUGGUGCUGGUUUCAGCGAUGGCAGUGGUGGUGUACUUCCUCCCGUCGACGUUUUCGGUCAUUUCGGCCAAGAUCGAAGCCAACAACAAUGAGAGAGGCGAACUCAUCGUGGAGGUGGGCAUCACGCCCAACUGGAGCCGCGGCCCUCGACAAAAGGAACUCACAACGAUCGCAGCUCAAGCUGCGCCCCAAGACUGGCACCCAUGGGACGGCGGCUACGUGUUUACCGACGUGUCCAACGCCGUCGAGGACGACGACGGUAUUAAAGUUCUGAACGGGAACGCCACUUCGGCGCCUCUGGUGGUCGUACUGGGAGAUUCUCACGCGAAUAUGGUCGCCCCUCGCUUUGCCAAGCUAUUCCAAGUAGCCCAAGAAACCAACCAGCCAUUUCCUCAAGUCAUGUUCCGCACAUUUGACGGCACUCCGCCUUUGGCUUGCAUUCCGUGGCAUGCCGCCAAUGUGGCGUUUGUCCAGGCCAACAAGCCCAAAGUAGUGCUGAUCUCGUCCAACUGGGUGCAGUUUUUGAGAGCGGGCGCAAAAGAACCGACGAAACUGAGCAACACCUUGGCCUGCUGCAAGAUGGGGUACCAAGACGGGUGCGAAAACCAAAGCGAAGCCGACCGCCUUGCAUUGGUAAAUCACCUGGAAAACGAUAUCAAAGCGUUUGUGGCUUCAGGGAUCAAGGUCUUUGUGGCCACAACCAACCCCGAAGGAGAGAUGUUUAACCCAACGAAAAUGCUCAGUGGCAGCACCGUUCUGCCGACUCCACCAGUGAGUUUAGCUGCAUUUCGACAACAACACAAGGUGAUGGUGGACUUGAUUGAAGACGCGACCAAGGCUGCGAAUGCGACGAUCAUUGACUUUGCAGACAACCAGUGCUUUCAAGAUGUAUGCGAAGUGGUGUCGAUGAAGGAAGGCGAGCCCGUGUUCAAAGACUCCAACCACUUUCGGCCGUAUUAUGCACGCAACUACAUCACCGUAUUGGACCAAGUGGUGGCCGCGGCAAUCGUUGAACCGUAAUCAGCUCAAAAGGAAAUACUAGUACACGUAGUAUUAAUUACGUACUAUAGUACUCCAGCACUUCAAGUAUUACUACGUAGUACUAGUAUAAUGACGUUCCUGUAGUUUGUUCGAUUAUGGUGUUGUCAAUCGCUCGUUUGUA